AUGGAUAAACUGAACUUUGACCGUGGUGUUCUACACAACAAGUUUACUAAAAACUUCACAGAAAUGAAUGUAGAUCAAGGGAAAGCAUUCGAAGUGAUUAUGAAGGCCGUAGAUGCGAAUGAUGGAGGGUUUUUUUUUAUUUAUGGUUAUGGAGGUACUGGAAAGACGUAUCUCUAUAAGAUUUUAUCAGUAGCAAUACGAAGUAGAGGUGAAAUUGUUCUAAACGUGGCAUGUAGCAGUAUUGCUUCUUUGUUUCUUCCAAAUGGACGAAUAGCACAUUCAAGGUUUAAAAUACCCUUUGACUUGAAUGAAGACUCGGUUUUUUGCAUUAAACAAGGCACUUUGUUGUGCAAGCUGGUUUGCAAGGCAAAGCUUAUUAUAUGGGAUGAGGCACCCAUGCUAAAUAAAUUGUGCUAUGAGGCUCUUGACAAAUGCUUGAUGGACAUUCUUAGGUUUGAACCUUACUAUAACACAGAACUACCAUUUAGACGAAAGGUGGUUGUUUUAGGGGGGGACUUUAGACAGAUAUUGCCUGUAAUACCAAUGGAUAGUACCACACUGAAAGACGUUGAUGAAUUUGCUACGUGGUUGUUGGGGAUAAGUGACGGCCUUACUAGGGAUUCGACUGAUGGUGAGUCGAUUGUGCUUAUGCAUGAUGAAAUUGACAGAUCAAUCUUGGCCCCAACAUUGGAAGUUGUAAAUGAGGUUAACGCUUUCAUUAUGCAACAUGUAAAUGCUGGUGAGAAAACUUGCUUGAGCUCUGACACUUUAUGUAUGGAAGAAGGAAACAUGAAAUCUGAAUUGGAUACAUUAUCACAGGAUGUCCUUAAUGCCAUCAAUUGCUCUGGUUUACUGCCUCACGAAUUGACUCUGAAAGUAGGUGUUCCCGUCAUGCUACUGCGUAACAUUGAUCAGUCGAAUGGGUUAUGUAACAGAAUAAGAUUGCAAGUCAGAAGAUUGGGUAACCAUGUGAUCGAAUGCAUUACACUAACAGGUGACAAGGGACAGACACUAAGGCUGCGUUUGUUUCCGAGAACAAGACAAGACAAGAUACUGAGAACAGACAGGACAAGACAUUGA